GAACCACCUAAUCUCUCCUCCUCUCCUUCUUUCUCUCGCCGGAUUACGUAUGAUCGAGUGAAACGGCGGAUAAAGCUGUCGUUUUGAGUACUAAUUCGCCGCCGUUGGAGGUUUUUUUUUCAGUGAAGGAGUGGUGUGAGAGAUGUCGAGUCUCGAAGAUAUCAAGAACGAGACUGUUGAUCUGGAAAAAAUUCCAAUUGAGGAAGUUUUCCAGCAGCUAAAAUGUUCAAGGGAAGGAUUGACAACGCAGGAAGGGGAAGACAGGAUUCAGAUCUUUGGCCCCAACAAGCUCGAAGAGAAAAAGGAAAGCAAAAUUCUCAAGUUUUUGGGCUUUAUGUGGAAUCCACUUUCAUGGGUCAUGGAAAUGGCUGCAAUCAUGGCCAUUGCUUUGGCCAACGGUGAUGGUAGGCCUCCGGAUUGGCAGGAUUUUGUCGGUAUUAUCUGUCUGUUGGUUAUCAACUCUACCAUCAGUUUCAUCGAAGAAAACAAUGCCGGUAAUGCUGCCGCUGCUCUUAUGGCUGGUCUUGCUCCUAAAACCAAGGUUCUUAGGGAUGGAAAAUGGAGUGAACAAGAGGCUGCUAUUCUUGUCCCAGGAGAUAUUGUUAGCAUUAAAUUGGGAGACAUUAUCCCUGCUGAUGCCCGUCUACUUGAAGGUGAUCCUUUAAAGGUUGACCAAUCUGCUCUAACUGGAGAGUCCCUUCCUGUAACCAAGCACCCGGGUCAAGAAGUUUUCUCUGGUUCGACCUGCAAACAAGGAGAAAUCGAGGCGGUUGUUAUUGCCACAGGGGUUCACACCUUCUUUGGUAAAGCUGCUCACCUUGUCGACAGCACCAACCAAGUUGGACAUUUCCAGAAGGUUCUUACAGCCAUUGGAAACUUCUGUAUCUGUUCCAUUGCUAUCGGUAUGGUGAUUGAGAUCAUCGUCAUGUACCCGAUUCAACGCCGAAAGUACAGAGAUGGAAUUGAUAACCUUUUGGUCCUCUUGAUCGGUGGUAUCCCCAUUGCUAUGCCCACGGUCUUGUCUGUGACCAUGGCUAUUGGGUCUCACAGGCUGUCUCAGCAAGGUGCCAUCACCAAGCGUAUGACUGCCAUUGAAGAGAUGGCAGGAAUGGAUGUCCUGUGCAGUGACAAAACCGGGACACUAACCCUCAAUAAAUUGAGUGUGGAUAAAAACUUGGUUGAGGUUUUCUGCAAGGGUGUGGAGAAAGAUCAAGUCCUAUUAUUUGCAGCUAUGGCUUCCAGGGUUGAGAACCAGGAUGCCAUUGAUGCAGCCAUGGUUGGGAUGCUUGCUGAUCCAAAAGAGGCUCGAGCUGGAAUUAGGGAGGUUCACUUCCUUCCAUUCAAUCCUGUGGAUAAGAGAACUGCUUUGACUUACAUUGACGGUAAUGGUAACUGGCACAGAGUCAGUAAAGGUGCUCCUGAGCAGAUCCUCGAACUUGCCAAAGCCAGCAAUGACCUUAGCAAGAAGGUGCUCUCCAUUAUUGACAAGUAUGCCGAGCGUGGUCUUAGGUCGUUGGCUGUUGCUCGUCAGGUGGUGCCAGAGAAAACAAAGGAAAGCCCAGGUGCACCAUGGGAAUUUGUUGGCUUGUUGCCACUUUUUGAUCCCCCAAGACAUGACAGUGCCGAAACCAUUCGACGGGCUUUGAAUCUCGGUGUUAAUGUUAAGAUGAUCACUGGUGACCAACUUGCUAUUGGUAAGGAAACUGGUCGCAGACUUGGAAUGGGAACAAACAUGUAUCCAUCUUCGGCUCUUCUUGGUACACACAAAGACGCAAACCUUGCAUCCAUUCCUGUUGAGGAGUUGAUUGAAAAGGCUGAUGGAUUUGCCGGAGUCUUCCCAGAGCACAAAUACGAAAUUGUGAAAAAGUUGCAGGAGAGGAAGCAUAUUGUUGGAAUGACUGGUGAUGGUGUCAAUGAUGCCCCUGCUCUAAAGAAAGCUGAUAUCGGUAUUGCUGUGGCUGAUGCUACAGAUGCUGCUCGGGGUGCUUCAGAUAUCGUGCUCACUGAGCCUGGACUCAGCGUUAUUAUCAGUGCUGUUCUCACCAGCAGAGCUAUUUUCCAGAGAAUGAAGAACUAUACUAUCUAUGCAGUCUCAAUCACCAUCCGUAUUGUGUUUGGUUUCAUGCUUAUUGCUUUGAUAUGGGAAUUUGACUUCUCAGCCUUCAUGGUUCUGAUCAUUGCCAUUCUUAACGAUGGUACCAUCAUGACAAUCUCAAAGGACAGAGUUAAGCCAUCUCCCACACCUGAUAGCUGGAAACUUAAAGAAAUUUUUGCUACUGGAGUCGUUCUAGGAGGCUACCAAGCCAUCAUGACUGUUAUUUUCUUCUGGGCGGCGCACAAGACUGACUUUUUCUCGGACACAUUCGGUGUGAGGUCCAUUAGGGACAAUAACCACGAGCUAAUGGGAGCUGUGUACCUACAAGUUAGUAUCAUUAGUCAAGCUCUGAUCUUCGUCACAAGAUCAAGGAGUUGGUCAUUUGUUGAACGUCCUGGGGCUUUAUUGAUGAUUGCUUUCCUCAUUGCACAACUGAUUGCAACUUUGAUUGCGGUGUAUGCCAACUGGCAAUUUGCAAAGAUUAGGGGUAUUGGAUGGGGAUGGGCUGGUGUGAUCUGGCUAUACAGUAUUGUCACAUACUUCCCAUUGGACGUUUUCAAGUUUGCCAUUCGAUACAUCUUGAGUGGAAAGGCGUGGCUCAACUUGUUUGAGAACAAGACGGCUUUCACGAUGAAGAAAGAUUACGGAAAAGAAGAGAGAGAGGCUCAAUGGGCACUUGCUCAAAGAACACUUCACGGUUUGCAGCCAAAAGAAGCUGUUAACAUCUUCCCUGAGAAAGGAAGUUACAGAGAAUUGUCUGAGAUCGCAGAGCAAGCCAAGAGAAGAGCUGAGAUCGCUAGGCUUAGGGAGCUGCACACACUCAAGGGACACGUUGAAUCAGUAGUGAAGCUAAAGGGCUUGGACAUUGAAACUCCCAGUCACUACACUGUGUAGGGUGUAAAACCAAACAUGAUUGAUCUUCGAUCUUCUCCUGUUUUGUCUUUUUUU